AUGAUGAGGGUCAUGAGGAUGAUGAGGGUCAUGAGGAUGAUGAGGGUCUGUGAGGAUGAUGAGGGUCAUGAGGAUGAUGAGGGUCAUGAGGAUGAUGAGGAUGAUGAGGGUCAUGAGGAUGAUGAGGCUGACGUGGCGCGCUCGAUGGGGGCAAAGGUGGUCAUCGCGGUCGACGUCGGCAGCAGAGACGAGACCGACCUCACCAACUACGGAGACUCUCUGAACGGAUGGUGGCUGCUCUGGAAGAGGUUCAGUCCCCUGGGCGAGAGAGUCAAGCUGCAGACGUCGGCCUUCGCUGCUGACGUCGGCCUUAGCUGCAGACGUCAGCCUUCGCUGCAGACGUCAGCCUUCGCUGCAGACGUCAGCCUUAGCUGCAGACGUCAGCCUUCGCUGCUGACGUCGGCCUUAGCUGCAGACGUCGGCCUUAGCUGCAGACCCUUCGCUGCAGACGUCAGCCUUAGCUGCAGACGUCGGCCUUCGCUGCAGACGUCGGCCUUCGCUGCAGACGUCGGCCUUAGCUGCAGACGUCGGCCUUAG